CACUUAACUUUCCGGCACAGUUUACUGACACUAGUAACAUACUUUCUGUGAGCGGGUAAGUUUAUUUUGAACAGCUCCCAAAUGUGGGCCUGCUAGCGGAAAUCCUCUCAAGUUAUACUUCACAAGUUUAUCUAGUUAUGGACACUUCCGCAACGGAAAAGCCAGAAACGGAUGUCGACGUGCCAAGGGCUCUCAUCAAGCGCAUCGUUAAGGCGAAGCUAUCCGCCCUGGCUGAGGACGAGAGCAAGGAUUUUGGGAUAAGCAAGGAUGCCCUUACAGCCUUGUCGGAAAGCACCAAGGUGUUCAUCAGCCUGAUUGCGUCGACUGCGAACGACAUUUGUCAGGAGAAGCGCCGCUCCACAGUCAACGCAGAUGAUGUUUUUAACGCUCUUCAAGACCUGGACUUUUCAGAACUUGUGGCGCCGUUAAAAGAGCAGCUGGAAGCGUUCAAGGAGGCUGUCAAGGAACGAAACAAAAACAGGCCCUCCAAGAAGCGCAAAAACACCGUAGACGCGCAGGUGGCUGUUCCCCGAAACCUUAAGCAGCAACAGUACAUGGCUCAGCACCAAAACCAGCACGCAGCUGUGGCGGCAGCCCCCGCCGAUGCUGACGCUGACGCAGUCGGCGGUGUUGGUGAAGUCCUAGACGGGGGGCAUGGCAGUGUCGUGGAUGCCGGUGGGGAACCAGAUGAGCUUCAACACGAUGCAGCCGCUUUGGACGCCGACGUGACGGCGGACGUUUUGGGGGGACCCGCAGACGAUGACGGACUUGGCGGGCUUGGUAUGGGCAUGGGCCUCGGCCUGGUUGAUAGUGAUCCGACUUGCCUGGGUGACCCCUCGGACGUGGGCGUGGAGGUGGAGGACAUGCUAGUGGAUGCGCCGCCUUAAUGGCUGACCGCAGCGCUUCGCUUGCAUAUGGGACAGGUGACAGCGGAGCAGGAGGGUGGGCUGUGCAAGUGGGCAUUGAGAGCAACAUUCAGGACACUGCGACAAUGCUGCAAGGGAACUAUUGUAGAGAACGAGC